GUGAGCGCGCUCGUCAAAUAUACGUAAUAAACGCCCUGGUUUCACUUUACCUUAAUUCCGAGGAAAGCGGUUUUCUAGUGGUUUUUAAACAAGCCAUCUAGUGGAUUCUUUACUUCAUAGAUUGGCCACACUAAGAGUUACUAGUUACAUUCUGAAACACGCUUCAAUCGAUAGCAGACGAAACAGCAGACAGUUUUAACCUCACCUACCGGUGAUCUGUGAUCCCACGGUACUUUCAACUAUUUCUAUCUUCUAAUAUAAACAUUUAUAAAUUAACCAUAGGAUUUUAAUCGAUCUAGUUGCACAUCUAUCGAUUAAAGGACUUAGUUUUCCGUAAAAUAAUUGGAAAUCGUUGCCUUAGACAAUUUCUUCCGAUAUCGGAAUUUAACAACCAGCUUCCCAGUUGCCUUUCUACACCUAUAUACCGAAUCGCUGGAAUUAUUCACAAUUCUGCACUUAAAUGAAAAGGUUAUGACUUACACUAUUAUGGAGAAUGUUUUUUCCUCUAAGUACAAAAUGCUUGAUUUAAUAUAAUUACUAAAGCACAGUGCAAAGAUUGUAUAACUGCUUUACAUCGUCAAUACGUUCAACUAUUCAACACCGCUUUGGUAAAUUCUUAAGUUUUUUACUUUGUUACACCCGUGACGGUUUCUCCGUACAAUAUUUUCAAAUAUUGCAAUGCCGAGAUAUUUCGUUUUUCGAUGCAGGUACAAGAGAAAGGAUAAAGCAUGCAAUUUACAUAAUGAUUGAUAAGAAGUUUGUCAGUACAGUGCCUUAAACUUUAUACUAUUUACAAUACUGUACAUGUGACUUGGUCCCAUGUGCAUUACAUAUGUACAAGAUAUGUUAAAUGAAGAAGCAAAACCAAUACAUGGUACUGUUAGAAGAAAUCUACUUAUCAACACUUUAAUUGCUGGAGGUGUAGCAGGAACUAUCUGUGAUCUGGUUUUCUUCCCUUUGGAUACCUUGAAAACACGUUUACAAAGUCAACAUGGAUUCGUAAAGUCUGGUGGCUUCAAACGUUUAUACUGUGGUUUGACUCCCGUUCUAGUGGGAUCUGGAUCGUCAUCUUCGGUCUUCUUUGUGACAUAUGAAGCAAUAAAGGACAUUACGCAACCAUGCUUAUCAAAAGAAUACCAUGUAUUCGUGCACAUGAGUGCAGCAUCUGUAGCGGAAUUGAUAUCCUGUUUAAUUCGUGUCCCAAUGGAAGUGCUCAAACAGAGAAGACAAGCACUGCUGGCAGAUAGCACACAUUUAUCAGGACGAACCCUUUAUAGGGGAUAUGGAAGUACUGUGUUACGUGAUUUACCAUUUAGCAUAAUUCAAAUGCCAUUGUGGGAGUACUUUAAGCUACGUUGGAAACAAAAUGUUAACCGCGAAUGUACACCAUUUGAAUCUGCUUUCUGCGGCUUGGCUUCAGUGGCAAUAUCCGGUGCUAUUACGACUCCCUUGGACGUGGCGAAAACUAGAAUCAUGUUAUCUUGUACAUCGGCAGCCAAGGAAGAAGUUAAAAUUUCUACCAUGCUGAAGGAAGUUUACAAUGAAUCCGGCGUCCGUGGAUUGUUCGCUGGAUUCACUCCACGAGUUUGUGGCUUCGCAAUGGGAGGAUUCCUAUAUUUCGGCUUGUUCGAGCAAUGCAAGGAAAUUUCUGCCCGCUUUUUUCCAUACUUUCCCUCGUCGGAAUCUUAAACAAGUCGCUUCCAUAAGUUAAUCUUAAGGUGAAGUGAAACACGUUGAGGAACUUGGUCGACGUCGACAAAGAAGAUUUUCCUAAAUGCCUAC